ACCACCUGCGGUUCACUUGGUGGACUGCCGUGACUAACUCAACCACUUCCUGUUUUCUCUCUUUCUUUCUCACCCAAUUAAUCAAAUUCUUUCAUCUCUAUCCUCCAUUUUGAUUUCUUUUUUUUUCAAACUUCUAUCUGAGAAAAACAUAACCCAAAUUCUUUGUUGAGACACUGAGAGUUCAGCAAAUCUUUAUUUUCUUUUUAUUACUCAUCUUUUCCAGGUUGGCAAUUAAUUUUCUCAUUGAUUGUUUAUGAUUUUCUUGGGAAAAAAAAAAUGAAGGAAAUUGUGGAAAACCCCCUGCAUCUGAAGUCUUUGAACCACAUCUCGCUCAUUUGUCGAUCAGUUGACGAAUCCAUUAGUUUUUAUCAGAAUGUUCUUGGAUUUGUACCCAUCAGGAGGCCCGGAUCGUUCAAUUUCGAUGGUGCAUGGCUGUUUGGAUAUGGAAUUGGAAUACAUCUUUUGCAGUCUGAGGACCCAGAGAACAUGCCCAAGAAAAGCGAAAUUAAUCCCAAGGACAAUCAUAUCUCGUUCCAGUGUGAGAGCAUGGAUGCAGUGGAGAAGAAGCUGAAGGACAUGGAAAUGGAAUAUGUGAGGGCGAUGGUAGAGGAAGGUGGGAUCCACGUGGAUCAACUGUUCUUCCACGACCCAGAUGGAUUCAUGAUCGAAAUAUGCAACUGCGAUAACCUCCCUGUGAUCCCUCUAGCUGGUGAGAUGGCUCGCUCAUGCUCGCGUGUCAACCUUCAGAUAUUGCAGCAUCAGAAGGUACAACAGGUGGUCCAGCAGUAAUCAAUACAAAAGCUCUGUUGGUGUGGUGGUGGUGGCAGCAGCAGCAGCUAUCUAGAGCACUGUGCUGUGUCAUUGGAAUCAGCAAAGAAACAGCAAAUGCAUCUGCAAAACGUGUUUCUUUUGUUUUCUUUUUUGUGUGUUUUCUUGUGUAUUUUGUGAUAAUAAAAAGGACAUUAAUAUUAAUAUUUAAAAAAAAAAUGUGUCAGCCAAAAUGCAAAUGCUAUUGAAUUUGCUGAUUCAGUACAAGUGAACUGUAUUUGAGCCGUUUCUUA